AGCAGUAACGUUUGAAUGUGCCCGGAUCUGAAUUGGUCGUUCAUCUGUUGUGAGUCUCUCGCCGAUUAGAGACACAAAGAUGGAGAUACUUCACGCUUUACACGUUUUCGUCAGAUCACUGAUGUUUUUACUGCUGUGGUCCAAAUCUGAAGGAAGAGAGUCGGAGCUUAACCAAGUGACCUGCGGCUCUCUGCUCAAACUGCUCAACACUAGACACAACGUACGUCUGCAUUCCCACGAUGUUAAAUAUGGCUCAGGCAGUGGACAGCAGUCUGUGACUGGAGUGGAGAACGCGGAUGAUGCCAACAGUUAUUGGCAGAUUCGUGGAAAGCCCAACCGUCCCUGUCAGCGGGGGGAAGCCAUCAAGUGUGGUCAGGGCAUCCGCAUAACACACAUGAAGACUGGGAGAAACCUCCACACACACCACUUCAGCUCACCCCUGUCUAAUAACCAGGAGGUCAGCGCCUUUGGAGAGAACGGCGAGGGGGACAAUCUGGAUGUGUGGAGUGUUCAGUGUGAUGGCAUCCACUGGGAGCGCGAUGAGGCUGUGCGCUUCAAACACGUGGGCACCGACGUCUUCCUGAGUGUGACCGGUGAGCAGUACAGCCACCCCAUCCGCGGCCAACGGGAGGUUCACGGCAUGAGUGCUCCUAACCAGCACAACUGGUGGCGCUCUAUGGAGGGCGUCUUCUUGCAGCCCAGCCAGAUGCCGCUGCGCCACGACGAGCUGUGACCUCACCAGCAUGACAACAAACAUGGGACGUUCUUUAAAAGUGGGAGGUUUAUAGUUUUCCUGGACCAAACCACGUCAUGUGUGAAUGAUGUAGAAUAUUAGACUGAUGACUCAUCUCUGUUCAUGUAAAUCACUCAGGGUGGUCAGAGGUGGGGGCAUUAAAAUUUCACAACAGUUUAAAGAAGAUCAUUGUAAUGUAUGUAGUGCAUAUGGAAUAUAUCCGUUUCUUCCGAAGUACAUUUCUUAAGGGAGAAAACACAAAAGGCUAAAUUACCAGCUAGGCAUAGUAACCACUAACUGAAAGAGCCACAUUCACUGUUCACUGCACACAUGUGGAUAAUUAAAUCAAUUGAAAUGUUAAAGGGCCCUGUGUUAAAUAAAACCUUUGUUUUAGUGCAAAAUUGUGCUUCUCUUGGAUUUUAAAGUUAAGCUCAUGUUCAUGUCAACUUGAGAUUUUUGAUCUGGUGAAAAAUGUUGAAGAGUGGGGAUGUUUUCAGAAAGAAUGAGUUGAUUGUAUUUAUCAGUAGUGACAACAGCCCGCUAUCACUCUCAAGUCAUGCAGCAGACAAUUUGCCUGUCAGAGUUCUAUAUUUCAAUGCACCCCCAUUUCCAUUUUUUUGUGACAGAUGAGGCAGUGUGACCACAUCAGAGGAACAUUUAUUAUGGGGACCUAUGAGCAGGCUUUUCUGACUGUACCUGAACUGCUAGGGUACCUAUGCUUCCUGCAUGUUCUCAGCUGAUGGUCAAGAGGUCAACUUCUCUUCACCUUCAUUCAUGCAUGGGGGGGCUUCUAUGUUGUUGAUCAUUAGCACUCUGUUGGUAUAAUUGAUUCAUUAACUGCUAUAUGCUUAUUUUCUAUUUAUUCAACAAGUGGUCUGUUACUCCGUUUCUUCAACAGCAUAAAAGUGGCUAUGAAACAGUUUCACUAUUUGCAAAAGUAAUUUUCCAAAAAUCUGUAAUAUAUCUCAGACAAAUGUUUUUGUGAAAAAUCUGCAAAGAAUAAAACGUUUGCAGAUGUGUCGACAUGACAAAGCUUGAGCAGACAACAGGAGGCAUAGUAUUCAAUGUAACAGUUACAAACCUGGGCUUAGGUUUGUCUGCAAUGUACAGGGUGCACUUUCUUUAUGUCUAUUACACUAUGUCUUUAAAAGUUAUCUUAUAUCUAAGGUCAAAUUCUGAAAUAAAGGCUAACAAUUGUU